GUGAAAUCGCAAACAAACAAACAAACAAAAAAAAUCCCCAAAUUGUGACGGAAUUAGGGUUUUGACGAUGUCGUCCGGGAAGCCAAAGCAAGGCGACACACGAUUGGUGGUUGCUGCCACGACGGCGUCAGCAUUGAUGGAAGCGAAGAAGGCUGAGCACGGAGGAUCUUCAUCUAUCGUUGAGUAUAAACCGCCGGUGAUGCUUGAGGACGAAGAAGAUCUAGAAGUAAAGCUCAGACGAAUCCUCGAGAACGUUCCUGUUCGCGUUAGCAAUACUUCUGGAAGUUCCGCUGGUUCUGGUUCCGGCGAUUUUCAUCAGUACCGGCAAAUGAGGCGAAGAGAACAAGACCGACUAACAAGGAUGGAUAUUGACUACAGCAAGCGGUUAAAAAUGGCUGAGUUUACUAUAAGAAGAGAAGAGAAACUGAAAGCUGCAGAAGAAAAAACAUCAAAGAAGCGUUUGAAACGCCAAAAGAAGAAGCAGAAAAAGCAGGAGAAGAAGAUAAAACCAAACACUGCAGCUGAGGAACAAGAAAGGCAACCUAGAGAAGAGGAAUUAUCAUCUGACAACGGUGGCGAUGAAGAAGAAGAAGAAGAAGAAUCUGUGGUAGAACCUUUACGUCCGAUGUUUAAUAUCAAGUUCCAAGAGAACCGUUAAUAGCUUUUUUAAUUGUAAAACAUGUUACAUGAAUCCAAAACUCUCUUUGCAAGAUGAGUUUCUCUCUUUCCUUUUGUUUUCAACAAUGUAUUAUGGGGAAAAACAAACGGAGCAGGUUUGUUUAAUCAGUGUAAUAUUACCGGCUAUCCCUGCA